ACAGGCAAAACGCUUUUAAACAUCUCCACAAUACCCAAGCUUUACUUUCUAAUUUAUUAUAUUUUUUAUUGAGCUAACAAUUCAGCAAGAGCUACCCUUUAAAAUUGAAAUUGAAUAACAAUUUAACCUGAAAGCACCGCGCAAGCUUAAAAGCACUGGAAGCAUAUACGCGUAAAAAGGAUUCACGAACAUUUACAGUAGAAUCAAAAUAACUUAAACGUUAUAAUACAAGUCAGAAAGAAUGCAUCCAAGUCAAACCAACUCCUUUAAACGUUUACAUCAAGAAUCGAAAAAACACCAACUUAAAAUAAAAAAGGUGGGAUAUCCUGAGGAAAAGAAGAAGCUUUGUAAACUCCUUGUAUUUUAUGGAUCGAAACAAAAGUCUUCAAAGGUAUCAAGACGGAACCUUAAGACCCAAUUCCAAUACCUUCCUCGUCGCACGGUUUUAAAAAUGGAAGAAGAAUUGUUUGUUGAAACCAUCAAAGCCCGUGCAUUGACGACCAUGAUACUUUUCCUUAUAUCAGGACAAGUCUUGUCGCACCUUUUAUAAACCCUUACAUUUUAUACGACUUCUAUUUCACUGAAUUUUCAUUUAUGCUCAACGUGUAUGAUAUAUAAUACAAAGACGUACGUUAUCUGAUUGUGCCCUUAUGAACAAAAACGAAACAACCUCCCUUCUUCUUAAGCUUCAAUAGACAAUGUAAGAAUUUUAUUACUUUACUAAAUAAUUAUUUCAUUUUUGUUUACUAAUGCAUUACGAUUAUUUCCACAA